AUGUCGCCGGGCUGCACGCCCAGCCAGCUCGUUCAUAACAUCCUGAUUGGCAAUCUGGAAAUGAUCGCUCGUCACCGCUGCCGCGAGGAGCGCGGAGACCCUGAUUCUCCGCUCCCCGUCCGCGCCCUAAUGACUCUGACAUCGCCAGCUCAAAAGUUUACGCCCAUUGGCUACAGCGAGCUGAAACAAAAGACAGUUUGGGAGGACGUCAUCGUGUUGCCGUUACCGACCGCGCCUCGCAUAGGGGCCGCAACGGUCACGUCCAGCUCAGAAAGCGCCGUGCCGACGCUGGCCAUUGAAGCGCUCCAGGGUUCAGCACUGAAUUCCACGGCCUAG